GCGGAAAGAGAACGCAUAUAUACAGUGGUGUGAUUUGUAUGUUAUGUAUAUGUAGUCAUGAUUGUUAUUUCUGGUUAAGGCAGAGUAGGUUAAUCUGUUAGGUAGCGGACAUCCUCGGGUUUUCCAGCGCACUGUACACCGGGCUUCAGCAGCUCCUCCCCGGUGAGGACACGCGGCCUGGUCCGGUUAGCAGUGCUAACAGUGGAAAUGAAAACACACAGUCUAAUGCUUACUUCUUAUCAUCAGAUUCAUAUCAGUUGAGAUUUGUGUUAGAAAACUGAGGUUGUGCAUCAUAUGGCCUCAUCUAUAUAACAACUUUUAUCAGACUACAUCAUGUUCAAGAUAAACUAUAAUAUAAAUAAAUAAGUACAUGAGUAAUUAGAAGGGUACAUACUGUAAUUAGUGGAAUUAAAUACAAAUUGAAUUAAAAGGGAGGUAACACUUUUUCUCCAUCGAUAAUAAAGCCUUUAGUAUCGGCCAAACUCAAUACCUGAAGCACUUCAUGGGGAAAAAAUAAAACAUAGUUAAAAACAUGAUUUAAAGUCCCAUAAAAUCAAAUUUGAUUUGAUUUGAUUGUCUGGCUUUUAUUAUGAAUAUGUUCGCCUUAAUGUUAUUUAUAAGCUGCUCCAAAAACAAUGACAAAAUUCGCAUUCAAAAUCAUUCAGAAGUUACAGUCCUGCUCUCUACCACCGAUACGGAGCAACAUCAUAUCAGCAAGCAUGGGUUGGAAAUGGUGUGUUUUAUUCAGUUUUGCAAAAGUGGGUUGGUUAAGAAGGAAAUGACUUGCGUCCGUGGUACUAACUGUGACGUAAGCUAAAUACUAAAGCUGUUUAAAAAGGCUGAGGAGCCACUUGCUGUGUCCAGCCCUGACUUACUGUUUCAGUGGAAAUUACAUCAAGAUAUCGAAUAACACUGCACGUUUCAGGGCACUUCAUGGGGACUGAACCUUCCUAUUAUGUUGGGGGGGAAGUUACAUCCAUUAUGUUAUGGGUCAGAUUGAUUUCCAUGAUUUAAAUACACAAAAAACAGCAAAGAACUGCUUAAAACAAUAAAAUGUUAUUAUGGCCUGUCAGAGAAAAGCCAUGAGAAGAAAUAUUUGUACAUAAGUUCAUGACCCUAAAUGAGGAAAGUAAAAAAAUUCAAAGAGAAAAAGAGAGAUUAACUGGUAUUUCAGACAUCUCAAAUGUGGAAAUGUGGAAAUGGGUCAAAGACGCAUAACAUAAUAGGAGGGUUAAAAUCUAUUCAGAUUGGAUUCGUUUAUCAGAAGGAGCAUCUGUAAUCGUUUCUUUACAUGUUGGAAUCGAUGGAUGCAGCGUCUGCAGUUGACGGUAAAUUUGUUGAAAUUCGCUGUUUACUCGUCGUUACGUGUUUGAGAUAUGCAGCAAGUUAUUGAAAUACAAGCAAAUGUGCUAACGUUGUACAAUUACGAUAUAAUAUGUAACGAUAAAGUUUACAGUGGCUUCAUAAAUUGGUUGAAUCCAUAAAAAAGCAAAAGACAACUGAUCAGUCCCUCCAGGAUUUUGUGAGUUUAUUAUUAUUAUUAUUAUUAUUAUUAUUAAUAUUAUUAUUAUUUUUGCCGAUCGCAGAAAUGAACGCAAAAUCAAGCAAACUCCACAAUAUUCGGAGGAGCUUGCGAUUUUUCAAAAUUACAGCAAAUUUUUCACAGAUUUGGGUGUCAUCACAACACGCUUUCAGCCAAAGCCCUCUUCGAUUCAUGUGCGUUGAAAAUGGGUACAGCUAAAAGGUCACUGCGAAAGACCGUGCAAAUCAAUUUCAUGGAAUUACAGUUCUGCCAAUUCAAGAAGUUUUCCACAAAAAAACCCCACAAAAAUCAAGCAUUUUCAGUUGCAACAAUCACAAAAUAACUCCGAAAUCCUGUACGGACUGACUGAUGCGCAUUCUUUGUUCUUCAUUUUCUAGAAGUAGCAUUUAAAAAACCUUGCUGUAUUACUUUGUAGUUAAUUAAGAAAACGUACACCGCCAUCUUGCUCCGACCAAAGUGACUUGAACGCACCUGACGUCGAAAUUACGACUUCCCAACUCGUAAAUUUCCCAGAAGGACUUGAACUCUCAGAAAUACGUGUGGCCAUUAAAAGGGUUCAUCAUGGCACCACUCGUCCGAACACGACAGACCGAGAAAACAAUCGAUGGGAUCUCGACUCAAGUCGUUUGCACGGAAUUCAGUAACUACAUCUUCAUUGUGCUUACACAGUAUGGGAAGAUUGGGACGCUGGUAUCUGUAACACCUGACUCGAGAUCCAGCGACAUCAGCACAUCCAUGCUCACUACGAAAGUGCUGCUCGGAAAAGACGAGGCACUUACGCACGUCUAUGCAAAAAACGUCGCAGCAUUUGUUUGCCAAGAAGCAGGAAAUCGACCGGUUCUUUUGGGGUUUGCGCUUAAAGAGUGCAGUGCUGAAAAUCUGAAAACGCUCAAAGAAAUGAUCAAAACCUGCCAAGUAUGGUGACCAAGAGAAUUUGGGCAAAAUGCUCCUGAGAGAAAUUGUGACACAAAUUGAUGACUGUUGUGAAUUUACUUUUAUUACUUUUCUGUUUAUGUAUAGAUUUCUGACAUGUGUGUAACAUCAUAUCCUUUCAUAAUUUCUUGAAUAAAUUCAUGUUUCUUUUU